GUUUCUUCUUCCCUUUUGUUUUUUUUAUUCAAAAGCCGAAGUCUGAUUUCCCACCAAAGCUCACCUUCCUCACCUUCGUCAGAAUCUCUGCCAUCACCGCCAUGUCUCCGUCUGGAGAGUUCUCGGAGAACGGAAACAGGGGCCGCUGCCCCUGCCUCUCCGGUGAGAACGUUGGAAUCUCCGGCGACGGCUUCGGCGGAUCCGAUGAUCUCCCAUGCAUACAUUGCAAGGGAUCUAACGAAUUCGCUCUAUCUUCUUCGUGUUCUUCUUCUCCUUUGUUUCGGCCGAAUUCGGUGUGGCCGCUUGACGAUUCAGAAAAGCUGAAAAGGGUCGUCGUCGCUUCGGCGAAAGGGUUCUCCAUUGGAGCAGGUCUCAAAGGUGGAUUAGCUCUUUUCUCGAUUCUCUCUCGUUUUGCUCGCCGUAGACCUCCGUCUUCUUCAAGGAAAAUUGGGUAUUUUUCAGAUAGCGAAGCUGUUGCUAUGGCGAUCAAGGAGACGCUGAGAUACGGCUUCUUUCUGGGAACUUUUGCUGGUACUUUUGUGUCCGUGGAUGAAAUUAUUGGUGCUUUGGCAGGACACAGGAGAACUGCGAAGUGGAGAGCUCUGUUAGCUGGGUUGGUUGCUGGUCCAUCCAUGCUUCUCACAGGGCCAAACACGCAGCACACAAGUCUGGCCAUUUACAUAUUGAUGCGUGCUUUAGUGCUUGCUUCUCGGUGUGGCAUCAAGAGUAAACGGUUUGGUCGGAUUUGCAAGCCGCUCACUUGGAAACAUGGGGAUAUAUUCCUCAUGUGUCUCUCAUCCUCGCAGAUUCUGUCGGCUUACAUAUUGAAGCAAGAAAGCUUGCCCGCAUCGUACAAGUCUUUCCUAAACAAACAUGGUGGGAAAGACCUUUCUGUCUUACGAGGUGUGAAAGAUAUCGCUAGUGGCAUGCCAUUCACCAAUUUGGAGGCAAUAGAGAGUUAUUACAAGUCUACUGGAGUUGAUAUCAAGCUGGAUCCUAACAUGAAAAUUCCAUGUUCGAUAGUGCAUGGAAAAGAUUCAUGUGUCAGGCAUGGUAUUACAUUCUUUCUUCAAGCUUACAAAAGAGCGUUGCCUGUCUAUAUCCCCGUCUACUUGAUUCCUGCGCUGAUAGUCCACCGUCAAGGUCUAUUAAAAGGACCACAUACAAUACUCGGCAAAGGUCUUCUGGGCACUGCAAGAUCAAGCUUGUUUCUCUCUGUCUACUGUUCUUCGGCCUGGAUGUGGACUUGUCUGCUUUUUCGGAUUUUCAAGAGAUGCAACGUACCGAUGGUGGCCAUGGGAACUUUCCCGACGGGUUUGGCAUUGGCCAUAGAGAAGAAAAGCAGGCGGAUAGAGAUAUCGCUAUACUGCCUAGCCCGAGCCAUCGAGAGUUUCUUCACGUGCAUGGGCGAGGCCGGUUACAUCCGGCAGCCCAAGAGCCUGAGAAGAGCGGACGUGGUGGUCUUCAGCCUCUCGACGGCCAUCAUAAUGCAUUGCUACGCUCAGGAAAGAGAGGUGUUUCGAUCAAAAUACUUGAACGUCCUCGAUUGGGUUUUCGGUGUUCCUCCUCCUCCUUGCGAAACUCCUCAUUGCAAACCGGCCGCUUAGCCGUUUUGCUCAAUCUCUCUUCCGAUUCAUCGAUUCUUCAAGGGAGCGUUUAGGGUUACAGGGACCAGGUGUAUACAUUUGUAGGGAUCUUGAGAAGUAGCCAAUUUUUUGUUACUUAUAGAGAUCUUGCUAAUGUAUAUUCCCACAAGUUAUUAUGUUAUCAUUCA